UGUUUCCCCGCCGCCGCCCUCUCCACUCCCGCGCGUGAGCGUGGCGCGCGGGUCCCUCUGCGCCACCGGCUGCCUUCCUCGCAAACUUUUGGCACCCCCGCCCAGGCGCGCCGGUGCGGGGGGGAGCGCAGGAGGAGGGGCCGCGGAGGGCCGCGCCCCGCCCGGGGACAGCGGGGACAGCGCGCAGGACGCGCUCGCCAUGCAGAGCGGAGGCUCCGGGUGCUGAAGGCGCGGGGCCAGCAGAGCCGGGAGCGCGUCCGCGUCCACGCAGCGCCGGCGCCAGCACCAGGGCUCCUGCAUGCCAGGACGGCGGCCGUGGCAGCGAGACAUGCAACCGGCCCGGAAGCUCCUCAGCCUCCUCUUCCUCAUCCUGAUGGGCACCGAACUCACUCAAGUGUUGCCCACCAACCCCGAGGAGAGCUGGCAGGUAUACAGCUCCGCCCAGGACAGCGAGGGCAGGUGUAUCUGCACAGUGGUCGCCCCCCAGCAGACCAUGUGCUCACGGGAUGCCCGCACGAAACAGCUGAGGCAGCUACUGGAGAAGGUGCAAAACAUGUCUCAAUCCAUAGAGGUCCUGGACAGGCGGACUCAGAGGGACCUGCAGUACGUGGAAAAGAUGGAGAACCAAAUGAAGGGGCUGGAGUCCAAGUUCAAGCAGGUGGAGGACAGCCAUAAGCAGCACCUGGCCAGGCAGUUUAAGGCGAUAAAAGCGAAAAUGGAUGAACUUAGGCCUUUGAUUCCUGUGUUGGAAGAGUACAAGGCCGAUGCCAAAUUGGUAUUGCAGUUUAAGGAGGAGGUCCAGAAUCUGACGUCAGUGCUUAACGAGCUGCAAGAGGAGAUUGGCGCCUAUGACUACGAUGAACUUCAGAGCAGAGUGUCCAAUCUUGAAGAAAGGCUCCGUGCAUGCAUGCAAAAACUAGCUUGUGGCAAGCUGACGGGCAUCAGUGACCCCGUGACCGUCAAGACCUCGGGCUCAAGGUUCGGGUCCUGGAUGACAGACCCUCUGGCUCCAGAAGGUGAUAACCGGGUCUGGUACAUGGACGGCUACCACAACAACCGCUUUGUCCGCGAGUACAAGUCCAUGACCGACUUCAUGACCACGGACAAUUUCACGUCGCACCGCCUCCCACACCCCUGGUCCGGCACGGGGCAGGUGGUCUACAACGGUUCCAUCUACUUCAACAAGUUCCAAAGCCACAUCGUCAUCCGGUUCGACCUGAAGACGGAGACCAUCCUCAAGACGCGCAGCCUGGACUACGCCGGCUACAACAACAUGUACCACUACGCCUGGGGCGGCCACUCGGAUAUCGACCUCAUGGUGGACGAGAACGGGCUGUGGGCCGUCUACGCCACCAACCAGAACGCCGGCAACAUCGUCAUCAGCAAGCUGGACCCCGUGUCCCUGCAGGUCCUGCACACUUGGAACACCAGCUACCCCAAGCGCAGUGCCGGCGAGGCCUUCAUCAUCUGCGGGACUCUCUACGUCACCAACGGCUACUCGGGGGGCACCAAGGUCCACUACGCGUACCAGACCAACGCCUCGACCUACGAGUACAUCGACAUCCCCUUCCAGAACAAGUACUCCCAUAUCUCCAUGCUGGACUACAACCCCAAGGACCGCGCCCUGUACGCUUGGAACAACGGCCACCAGAUCCUGUACAACGUCACCCUCUUCCACGUCAUCCGGUCCGACGAGUUGUAGGGUCCCCGCCGCAGAGCCCAGGGGCCAGGCCUCCCCCACGCGGACACUCCUGCGGAGCGGCCGCGGAAACAACCUCCCGAUAGUAACCAUACUAAUUUCGAGACCUCGGCGGCAGCGUGGGCUCCGGCACCGCGUGGUGGCCUCACCUCCGUGCGCCUCUGGUUCGAGCGAGAGGGCGACACACUUGGGAAGACACAACCCCCCCCCCCGUCUUUGCAGCUGGAACUGCAGUCCAGGGAUCCCUGGUCCCCUCUCCC